UACAACACGCAGUGGCAUAAAGGAUCAGACUUUUGGAAGAAUCUUCACUUUCAGUGAACAGAAAAUUGGAGAAACCAAAAAAACUAAAGAAAGACACUGAAUAAGUUUCAUAAUAAUCACGUCACGUUUGGAUAUUGGAUUUAUUUAACAGUUUUCACCGUCUAAAAUGGAAAACGAAACAAAAAACAUCUGUUGUAAUUCGACGUGUGGAGACCACUGGGAGUCCCUUUCCAUUCCAGUGUUUAUGUUUGUGUUUGGGGUUGUUGGUAAUAUUAUUGCCAUAGCUGUGCUUUCAAAGUAUAAACGAGAACGCAAAGAAUCCGCCUUCUAUACUCUUGUGUGCGGACUGGCGGUGACUGAUCUACUUGGGACUUGUCUGGCCAGCCCGGUAACUAUUAAAACCUACAUCGACUGCACAGUGCUGGGUGGGAAAGCUUUGUGCAACUUCCAUUCCUUUCUCCUGCUGUUCUUCGGUGUGGCAGGGCUCUCUAUUAUCUGCGCAAUGUCCGUGGAGAGGUACCUCGCCAUCAACCACCCCUACUUCUACCAGCGGCGCAUUGACCAACAGCUGGCUGGCUGGACCUUGUUUGCUAUCUACGCCGGGAACGUUUUAUUUUGCAGUUUCCCCGUGUUUGGCAUGGGCGAAAAUGUCCGACAGUACCCUUAUACGUGGUGUUUUAUCAACUGGCGGACCAAUGACUCUCUUCAUGCUUCUUAUUCUUUCCUGUACGCUGGCGUGAGCUCCCUCCUCAUUGUGGUGACCCUGGUCUGUAACGUGUUAGUCUGCGGCACUUUGGUUGUCAUGCACAGGGGGUCGAUGGGUAGGUUGGUCCACAGAGACAGCGUGAAGGACCGGUGGAAGGCUAGUACUUCUGCCGAGGAAAUCCAAAUGAUGCUCCUGCUUAUUGUGACGUCAGUGGUGGUGCUCGUCUGUUCUACUCCGCUAGUGGUGCGAGUCUUUAUCAACCAGAUCACACAUCCAGCAGUGGAGAAGGACAUGGGUAACCCCAACCUGCAGGCCAUUCGCAUCGCCUCCAUGAACCCCAUCCUCGAUCCCUGGGUGUACAUCCUGCUGCGCAGAGCCGUCUUCCACAGGGUCAUGGGGUUAGCCAAGCGGGCCUUCAAUCGACAGGGCAACUCCGUGGUGCCGGGGUCCCGCCAAGCCGUCCUCUACCUGGCAUCAGACAAGGGCCUAGUGACCAUGCUGCAGGCACAGGGGCCAGGCUGCCCUGGAGAGGAAUCACAAGCAUUGAGCCAGGAGAACCAGUGCUUCGGGUUGAGAGACAGCGAGGAAACAGCAGAGAGACAGAGACAAACCGCUUGACACCUCUCUCACUGAAUCAGUGGCUGGGCAGCAGAGAAACGAGCUGGAAACUCAGACCUUGAGCAACACAACCUCUGACUAAUUAAUGUCAGUGAAACAGUCCCACGCUAAUGAGGGACUGUGAAAGCAGAGAGUUUUGGGUUAGGCACCCUUCUCUCAGGAUCUUCCAGUGUUGAAGCCACCUUAUUCUGAACAGGUCCACGUUGGAAAGAGGGUUGAAAGGAUUCCCUUCAGUCUGGAUCUGAUGCUGUUUAUUGAGGACAAAACUGCUGUGCCCUGUGCAGUUUAAAUCAGUUUCUUAUAUUUAAUCACAUUUUUAGUAAUGUUUUAGUUUUGGUAUCAGUCUUUUAGACAAAAAGAUAAGGACAGAGGGAAGGAGACACUUCUUCACCCAGUUUUGAGAUGAAUCAGCUGCUAGGAACUGGACAAGCUCAGAUGGGCCUCCUCUUGUUUGAAAAUGGUCUUAUGUUCAUGAAAAACAGAUUUGCAAUCCUAAGUUUUGUCCUUGAUUUUAAAAGCUGCUAAACGGACAGACUUGAAGCCCUCACCUUGUCCACAGAAACUAACAAUGAAGCAGGAUGAACACAUUUUUUUUUUUUUAAACCAAUUUUUUAUCAGGUGCCAGCACCUAAGGUGCUGAGGUCAUGGAGACAUUACAGCUGUAACUGCUGAAUACAUGGAGACAUUACAGCUAUAACUGCUGAAUACAUGGAGACAUUACAGCUGUAACUGCUGAAUACAUGGAUAAAUUACAGCUGUAAUUGCUUUAUACAUGGAUACAUUACAGCUAUAACUGCUGUAUACAUAGAUAAUUAAUUGUAAAUGCAGGUCAUUACAUAACAUAAAGAUACAGUAUUAAUUUAUUAACAAUAACAGUAUUUAUUAUUACUACAGUGCUAAUACGUUCUGUUCAAUAUUCACCAUUUCUAUUUCAUCCUUCGUGCUACCCACCGGGUUUUCCCAUUUUAUUUGGGGGAAGUUGAAAUCC